CUCGCGUAACUAUUUACCCGGAAGUACCAUCCACGUCCUGUUCUUUUGAGCACACGAUGCGCGAAAACGUGUGUGAAAAUGGAACUAUAACACAAAUUUGACAUGUAGAUAAAAUUGUGGUAAAGACACUUUGUGAAGUUGAUAUGUAAAGUUAUAAGAUUUGGGGUAGAGCAGCGGUGAAGUUGUCUCAAGUGUAGAAAGAAAAGACUAAGAUCGAGAAGACCGAUGAACGGGACAAACUUUCGGUUCCCAGUGGCGUUGUAAAAUUGGCCUUGUGGAGGGUGUAGGUCAUAGAAAACAGUGUGUUGGUGAACAGGACAAUUUUUUACAAAAAUGAGGGUCCCGUUAGUUUUACUUGGUGGUAUUGUGGUUUUAUCAGUUGCGGUGGCAAGAGCUUUAUCGUGUGUGUGUUCGCCCCUCGAGUGCGACCUUCUCACCGAAGAAGACUGUCCUGGAGGUCUUACCUGGGAUCCCUGCAAAUGUUGCAAAGUAUGUGCGCGAGUCGAAGGAGAGCCUUGUGGUGGACUUUUCGGGUUUUCCGGCAGUUGUGCGAUAGGCUUACAAUGCAUAAUCAAGAAUUUAUUACACCAUGCUCGAGAAGUCGACGAAGGAAUCUGUACAAAGAUCCCGGGUAGAUGGAGGAGGCACUGUCCGCAUGGCCCAAAAUUGUCCGAGCCAGGAUGUAAUCUGGUUGGCGAGGGAAUUACAGAUGCAAACGGAAAUGCAGUAGGUGCUGGCAAAUGCGUUUGCGGACCUUCCGUGCCCUGGUGUCCAGGGGAAGCUGAUCCCUAUGUAUACAGGACACGACACGAAUGCAAAAUCAAUUUGGCGGCGAAAAUUGCUUACGAUGAUUUCUUCGAAUCACCUCACACAUCUUCCAGCCACGGAACGGCUCAGGCGUGGAGCGCGAAGAUGGGAUAGCGGCAUUGUGGAGUGGCUGCUGUGCGAGAAGAGGGGACAGCGGCGCUGCGGAUUGGUCAGUAGCGUGGGGAUCGCGCACUGGACCAUGAACAUUGUGAUUGUUCUGCUACCCUUCCUCGCUGGCUUCUGUAUAAUUUAUUAAAAUAAAUUAUUAUUG